ACAUAACUGCUCAUCAUCUCUCCUCCUCCUCCUCCUCCCCUUAGCUCAACUACCUUCAGUCGUCUGAAGGUAGAUACUGGACCCGCAGUGGUGCGAGUCCUGGUCCGCAAUCUGAACCAGGAGGAGGGAUAGAAAAAGAAAAAAAAAGAUGUGGCUCGUCGUGUUGGCGAGUUUACUUCACUGCGCCUCGGCCUAUGAUGUGGACCUGAAGAAACUGGACGGGCUGGCAAAAGCGAAGGUGGAGACUUGUGGAGGAUGACAGCUGAACAGGCUCAGGGAGGUCAAAGCCUUUGUGGUCCAGGAUAUUCCUCUUUACCAUAACCUGGUGAUGAAGCACAUUCCUGGGGCCGACCCUGAGCUCGUUCUCCUCAACCACUAUUAUGAAGAGCUGGAUAGGAUUGCUCUCUCUGACAUGACCCGCUCUGAGAUCAACGAGCUGCUGGGGAAACUGGGGUUCUACAAGAAAGCUCAACCGGAAGACGAGGUGCCAGAGGAGUUCCGCCACUCCCCCGCCAAAGACAGCCCGUUUCCAGAUGAGCCCGCUCACAAAUCCUCCACUGCCUCUCCAGCUUCUCCAGCCACAGAAAACGCCUCCUCAGAGCCCGGCGCAGAAGCGGAGCACACCGACCUGUAAGAGUGGACGCAAGUUUCCCCACAGCUGCUCCAUGACCAGCUGAUACUUGCAGCUGAUUGUAGACGAGUUUCAGAAUAAAAGCAGCAGAUCAUGGAUCAGCCUUUUGGGAAGGACAAAUUCUUAUCAUCAGCAGAAUUCCCAUUAAAAGGUCCGCAGUCUGAAUUUGCACACAUUUUUCACGACACUCGUUCAUUUUUUUUUUUUUUUUUGCAGCAUUAGAAUCCAAAAAGCUGCUCUGUGAGUGCUUUCCCACCCAAAGACUGGAAGUUCGUGUGCGUUUCAUUUAGUUUUUUUUUUUUUUUUCCCCAUUAUUUGUCAGCGGUCUCCAGUGUCUUUGCCUCAUUUGUGUUCUCUUGUGUGUCUUGGAUUUCUUCCUACCUACUGUGAAACUGAAUGAUGCCUCAGGCUGAAAUCGUUCGACUGGCCUGAGGUUGAUGCUACCUGUUCUGGUGGGUUGGACCGAUACACACAAGAAGAUUCAAGUGGAAGGGUUGUAAAACAGGAAAAUAAAAUAAUAAUAAAAAACUCA